AUGCGUCUCUCGCCAUCAUGGUACCAGUUCCUGGUCGGCCUUUUUGCGUCGCUCGGCUCGUUCCUAUACGGAUACGAUCUUGGUGUGAUUGCCGAGGUGAUUGUAUCUGAAUCUUUCGUUUCUCGAUUUGAAGGAAACUCUACCCAAACUGGACUAGUGGUCUCCAUGUUCACAUGCGGUGCUUUCUUCGGUGCAUGCUUUGCCGGUAUUAGCGGUGACUACCUGGGUCGGCGCAGGACGAUUUCCCUCGGCUGUCUGCUGUUCUGCUUGGGAGGAGCUUUGCAGACUGGUGCGCAAAGCUUGGCUUAUUUGUGGAGUGGACGAUUCUUUGCUGGAUUCGGAGUGGGUUUCUUGACGAUGGUCAUCCCUCUGUACCAGGCCGAGAUUUGUCACCCCAAGAUCCGUGGUCGAGUGACUGCGCUGCAGCAAUUCAUGCUCGGCGUAGGUGCUCUAUGUGCCGCAUGGAUCUCAUACGGCACUUAUAUUGGCUUCGCUCCCACCAACAAUGCGCAGUGGCAAGUGCCACUCGGACUGCAGAUGAUUCCAGCAGUCUGCUUGGGCUUGCUGAUCGUUGUAUUCCCCGAGUCUCCUCGUUGGCUCAUUGAUCACAACCGUGCCGAGGAAGGCCUCAAGACCCUUGCCAAACUUCAUGCGCAUGGCGACGAGAUGGAUCCUUGGGUACAGGCCGAAUUUGCCCAGAUUCAGGAAUCCAUCACUUUUGAGCACGAGAACGAAGCCAAGUCGUACACUGAGCUAUUUACCAACCGCUCUUCUUUCCGACGACUUUUCCUUUGCUGUGCAAUUCAAGCGUCGGUCCAGAUGACGGGUGUUUCUGCAAUCCAAUACUACUCGGUCGACAUUUACAAACAAAUCGGUAUUUCGGGAGAAGCCACCCUCCGCUACCAAGCUAUCAACUCCAUCAUCGCUCUGAUCGCCCAAUUUCUCUGCAUCCUCUUCAUCGACCGCUUCGGUCGUCGCUGGACCCUCAUCGGCGGAAAUCUCGGCAACUGCGUGACCUUCAUCGUCGCCACCGUCUUACUGGCCAAAUUCCCCCCCAGCACCAGCAACAGCGGCGCUCACUGGGGCUUCAUCAUCAUGACCUGGCUCUACAACUUUUCCUUCUCGGCCACCUGCGGACCCUUGUCGUGGAUCAUCCCCGCCGAGGUGUUUGACACCCGCACUCGGUCCAAGGGAGUCUCCAUCACCACGGCGCUCUCGUUUGCCUUUAACACGAUGAUCGGCCAAGUCACGCCCAUUGCCAUGGAAAAUAUCAAGUACCGGUACUACUUUCUCUUCGUGAUUUGCAAUUUCACCAAUGCGCUCUUUUUCUAUUUCCUGCUGCCUGAGACCAAGCAGGUGCCGCUGGAGGAGAUGAACUAUAUGUUCUCGCAUGCGCCUUGGUUCGUGCCGGGAAGUAAGAAGGAGGAUUACCUGCCUCAUGAUUUGGAGAGGAAGGUGGAGGAGCGGGAGAUGAAGCAAAAUGUGGAUCAUGUGGAGUAA